AUGGCAGGCCAAGCGACGUCAGGGCCGGCAAAGCUCCAGGCCGUCAAGGACCUCGUGAAGAAGCUCACUGAGGAUCUCGAGAGCAUCACGUUGCUCCCGUCAGAGCGUGAAGAAGCACUCGAGCAGCUGAAAGUAUAUGGCAGAGACCCGAGGGGUGCCGAUCCCAUUUUCACCCAAGAUGGAAUCACAAUGCUCCUCAAGCACGCAUUUUAUAGCCCUUCCACAAGCACGGCCAAAGCGGCUCUGAGGGUCUUGGCCAACGCCAUGCUCCUGAAGCCUGAGACGAGACAGAUGUUCGUCGACCAGGGUUUCGCCACAAGGGCCUGCAAGGAGCUCAAAGUGGACAACUGGGACAACGAGUUUCUCAUCUCGCGGGUCCUUUUCCUCGCUACCUACGGCACAAAGCUUGGCCUCGACGACCUGAUUGACCAGCAUAGCCUCGCCGACAACAUCAUCGACAACUUAAACCGCCACGCCAAAAUCCUCUCAACCAAGCCAAAAACCAACGUGGAUCCAAUGGAAGAAAUGGCCCUUGGAGAAACGUUGAAGCUCAUGUUCAACGUGUCUCACUUUUGCCAAGAAAAAGCGUCCCUCUUCGUCCCGGCAGUCCCUCAUAUUGUGGUGCUGUUGUGGAAACGGGACAUACCGAACGAAAAGCAGCUCGACCCUCCCUUCGGUCACCUAGUCAAUGCCCUGCUCAAUCUCGACCUAAAAGCCGACAAGAGUCAAUCAUCCUUGUACCCAAAGACUGAACCGACAAGAGUCUGUGCCAGGCUGGUGGCACUACUCGACGGUUCGAUAAAGUCUUACUCGGACAGCGAGCUCGAAACGGUAGUGACCCCUCUGGUCAGCUUGAUCCGCAAAAUCUACGACGGUGCGCCAGAUCCUGUGCAAAAAUACCUGCAAGAUAGCCUUCUUCCGACAGCAAAGGAUCGGGAAGCUGUACUAGGGCGUGGCGAAACCUUGACGGCCAAGCUGCUCAAGAACUCGACAAACCCGAUGGCGCCUGCGUUGCGAGAAGCCAUUUCUCAUCUCCUCUUCGAGCUUUCCAGCAAAGACGCAUCCAAGUUCGUUGAGAACGUUGGUUAUGGCUUUGCGUCCGGGUUCCUUUUCCAGAACAAUGUGCCCAUACCUGCUUCAGCGUCGGAGGCGUUCAGCACGGGAGACACAAGCGGGGCACAGAAACCCGUCAACCCGAUAACAGGGCAAUUCUACGACAAAGAAACGCAUGUGGAAGAGCCGCAAAUGACUCAGGAGGAGAAGGAGCGAGAGGCCGAGCGGCUGUUUGUGCUUUUCGAGCGACUAAAGCGGGCCGGAAUCAGCGUGCAGAACCCCGUCGAGGCAGCCGUUCAAAGUGGCCGCUAUCGAGAGCUAGGUGAUGAUGAGGUAGAGGAACUCGACUGA